AACGAAAGGUCAUGAAAAAGUGAAGAGUUAUGUGACAUAAUUGCCUGAUGUAUUUAAAGCAGUGUUCAUCGCUACCACAUUGCGAUGAAAGAGAACACUCGGUGAGGGCUUGCUGAUAAAACGAUUCGCUCAUCGUUUCGCUUCCUUAAUUCCAUGAACCAAGGAAUGCGUUUGCCUUAAUUACAUCAUUACAUAAAGCAAACUUGAACUGAGCCCCAUCAUCAGUGAGUCAAUCUCCGGUUUGCGAGGAAGAGCUUUGAAAACACAUCUCGUGUAUUCCGAAAGAAGGUCGACAAAUACAGAACUCCACGGAAUUUCGAAAAAAUUAUCGCGAAGAGAGAACCAAUAAUCAUGGCUCACAAUAAUGCUCUGUAUUAUCAAACUCCUCUUCGUCAAAACUUUGAAUUAUAUUCAAGUCGGCAGUACCAUGGUCAACAGUUUAACUACCAAUCAACCUUUAUUCAAUCCUCAAAUAUGAAACCUAUGGCAGAUUUUAGUUCACCAGACGAUCGUCCACUAAAUACAUAUUUAUCGCCGAAUGAGUCAUCAAUUGGAUAUGGGAAUGUUCAAGAAUGCGGUGUGCUUGAUGACAGCUUGGAUCUUGAUAUCGCCUCCCUAAUAGAUUUAACAGAUGAGGAACUCGAAAAGAACUUUAAAUUUAUACCGAAUCUGUCUUCAGACGAAGGUCGAUGGCUCGGAUUCGAUAUUGAACAUAUUUCUACUACUUCUAACAGGAUAGCUACCUGUCCUGAAGCAUUUGUUGAUGAUUUGGAUUUUUUGACCGGACAAGAAGGGGAAGAACCGCCCCCAACACCUACACCAGAGGAAAAGCACGUCGUUGAUCAAAGAUUGACCGUACCACCAAAAAAGCCUGGUAUAGUACAACGAAAACAGCCAAUAAAGCGCCCACGCCGCCCACGUCCACGCAAUCGAGGAAACCGCUCCAUUCACCUAUGGGAGUUUCUCAAAGAAAUGUUGAAUAACAGUGACGAGAACAAAAGCUAUAUCAGGUGGAUAAGCAAGAGGGAAGGUAUCUUUCAGCUUGUGAACUCAAGCGGAGUGGCUAAACUGUGGGGACAACGCAAAAAUCGUAAGAAUAUGACGUACGAAAAAAUGAGCCGUGCAUUAAGAUACUAUUACGAGAAGGAUAUCUUAGAAAGGGUUCCCAACGCUCGUCUCAUUUACAAGUUUGGUGGUAAGACGAGACCUAUUGCAACGGAAAACGGCGAUGACUCUCUGUCUGAUUCAAGUGAGAACUAGAUGAUUGAGCUUGAUUUUUGUACAGGGCAAAAAUUAACAAUAUAUAUAUAUAUAUAUAUAUAUAUAUAUACUACUUAUAAUACAUUGCAUUUGCACAAAAAUUGGAUAAAAACGUUUGGUCUCAUAUCACUUUUUAAGAAACAAUACAGUUUAGAAACUUAUAAUCUGUAUGAUAUUAUAUUUACAAUAGUAUAUAAUUGUUUUGGAAACUUUAAUGCUUAGGUGAAUGGCACCGAAAUGGAGAAUUGAUGCUCUCUGCAUGUUGUAUAUUAUAUAUACUGACUGUAAAAUAAUUUUUAAAUAUUUUAUAUCGCGUUUUCCCUUAGAUAUAAAGUAUAGGCCUAUAGAAUUUUUACUUUUUCUAAAAUCCAAUGUAUACAUUUUAAUUUCACAUCAUCAUGGUAUAUAGUUCGUAUGCUAGUAUAUGUCCAUGUUCAAUAUAUUUCAUUAUUUAUAAAUGGAAAUCAUAUACCGAUUUGCUUUAAAAACAAUUAAUAAUGGGUGUACUUGAAUCUAGAAAGUCCUGUUGAAAGAGUUUGUAUAGUAGCUUUGUGACACCGAAUCACACUAAAUUUUUUUCAAGCUAAGAUUUAGUUGUUAGUCAUGUUACACUGUGCAAUUUUUCUUGCAACUUAUAAUCCAAUUCUGUCUUUAAAAGAUGUACAUUUAGCAAAAUUUCUCUACUAAUUCAUAUCUCUAAAAAGCAGAAUUACAUAAAAUCGCAAGUGGCAAGAAAAACUGUAAUGUAUAUAACACGAGCAUUUAAAUUUUGGGGAGGGUUCUCAAACCCAAAGGUUGAGACAUUUAAUUUUGUAAAAUAAUUGUAAGAGCCUUUUUAUUAAUAAUCUUUAUAUGAUUUC